AUGCAAGCCAUUGGAGGAGCGUCCUGUGCGGAGUCGCUUGGAACCACGGGUCGCGGUCUGGACGGCGGACCCGCCAUCUGGACCGCGACCCGAUCGGAGCCAGGCGCGCAUCGUCAUUUCAUUGGCAAUGACCCUUGCGCAGUGCUGGCGCAACAGCGGACUCUACUCCCGCGAAUAUCAUCUACAACGCCACUUGUCCCAACCCAGGACGAGCCGUCUGGACCUUUGGCUAUAAAAGGCCGGGCGGAGGAUGUCUUCGGAGAUCUCUUGGGCCAGUACCGGUUGCGCCUCGACUCCAGACGAUCAUGUAUUCCUGCCCUUGUUGUAGCCGAUCCUUCCGGCAUCUACAUGCCGCCCGUCAACAUGAGAAGGAUCACCUCAUUAAAGAGCCUUAUCCCUGCCGCUUUUGCGCCGGGAUCUGGUUUCACCAAAGCACACGAAGGAAACAUGAAGCCGCAUGUCCGCGGAGAACGAAGUGCCGAUCGGUUGAUCGGAUAUCGAGUGACAUGCCCGGUUCUCCCGUCACCAAGGAGCCUCACUGAGGCAUCGUCACCGCCAGGGCCCCGUUGCCGAGCGGAGGAGAUGGUGCCCCCCCGGCAAGAGGCCAUUGACGGAUUCUUGUUAUUUGGUCAUCUUCACGAGGCACCACAAGAGCGUGUGUGUCCCGACGUGGAGGAGUGGAGGAUUUUGGAUGCACGGGGAACUCUGCUGUAUUCCCAAGAUCGAUGUCAUAACCGGUCGGUUCAGACUCGAUAUCUGAAUGGAGAGGCCCGGGAAUGGGUGGAUAGCUCGAGUCAGCGAUUUUGCGGUCGGCCUGGUUUUGUGGAGGAAGCGCUCCGCUGGAUGAUGGAAGGGACUAUUGUGGUUUUGGACUUGCCAAAUCAUCUUGUCAGAGAUAUGGUCGUACCCACGUUCUCCCAGGAGCGCUUUCUCAUGUUGGUUUUCUCCCUGCAAAUGUCUCCUCACAUCUGGCUGAUCUGGAUCUCCCCGUGUCCCUCUUGGCUGACCACGAUCGCGCCUGAAUGGGUGGAAUCCAUGAACAUGAACCGCGCAUUCUUUACGCAUACCGCCUCGAUCCUGGCGACGGCGGCCUUUUUGGCGAAGUCGACGGGGAUGGCGGACUUCGGCGUUGAAGGAAGUGCCAUGUAUGCGGCCGAUGCCCUUUUACGGGACGGAGUACCGAUCGAUGCGUGGCAGCCGCUCCGGCUGCUCCAACCAGCCGUGCCCCCCAAUGCUGGUGCGCACACGCUGUUGACCUCCGUCAUCAUUCAGAUUCUCCAGCGGCAAGUUCGGCUCACGUGGAGUGAACCCUCUCGUAUUGGCGCCAUUGACCGCAUCCGUACGGCUGACUAG